AUGCAAGAGAGACUUCCUAAUGUGGUCCCGACGCUUCCCAGGAUUACCGUCGUCCCUGACGCGAAUCCAGUAAGGCGAGAAGUUUCUUCCGUUCGAACUCGCCAACGACCACAAAACUCGGCGUGGAACGCAAGCUUCUUUGAUUGCUGCUGCUCUGUGGCCCCAACAUACUGCUGUAUUAUCACAUGCUGCCCAUGCACAACUAUUGCGUCGGUGAAAGAAAGCUUGGGUGGAUGCUAUGAACGGACACUACUGUACUUCAGUGGAUUGGCAUUGGGAUUCUUGUUGUCUGUCGGUUUUGCGGCUGCAAGCGGCUCAAAUGAACCUGUUGGACACUUACAAAGCGGUGCGACGCCAUUAGAAUCAAACGAGAGUGAAAGUAUAGGCUCGAUGAUGUGGAAAGCCAUUUCAGCUGUGUUUUUGAUAGCAUUCCUGUUUGGCGUUUGGGGUCUUCGCACACAAACUCGACAAAGUUUGGGCAUCCGUGGCUCGCCACUGCUCGACUGCCUCUCAAGUUUUUUCUGCUGCUUUUGCGUUGUCUCGCAAUUGCAUCUCGAGCUCAAGUCGGAUUACGAUGACUCGACUGGCGCUCAGUCACGUAGGGGCCGAGGAGACAACAAUUUGGUUUUAACACGUCCUGUGGACACGUUGGCUCCAUAUUCAGUUAUGUAG